AUGGAUCAAGAGCUCCUUUUUAGAGUUAUCAUUGUUGGAGAUACUGGAGUCGGAAAAUCCUGCUUAUUGCUUAGGUUCAGUGAGAAUCUGUUUAAAGAGCAACACAAUGUGACUAUCGGCGUAGAAUUUGGCACAAAAUCAAUAGAAAUUAAAAGCCAGCCUAUAAAAAUACAAAUCUGGGAUACUGCUGGGCAAGAAAGCUUUAGGAGUGUAACGAGGAGCUUUUACAGAAGAGCUGAUGGCGUUUUAUUAGUAUACGACGCAACUGCAAGGCAUACAUUUGAAAGCUGUGAAUAUUGGCUUGACGAAAUCAGGCAAAAUUCAUCUCAAGAUUCUGAUAUUUUUCUGGUUGCGAACCAAGUCGAUUUAGUAGAAAAUGGGGAACAGCCUAGAGAGGUUUCUACUGAAGAAGGGAAAAAAUUCGCAGAAAAACAUGAAUUGAGUGGUUUCUUAGAAACUUCAGCAAAAAGUGGAUUAAAUGUGCAUGAAGCAUUUACUACUUUUUGUACAAUUUUAUAUGAAAAAUGGCUAGAGAAACAAGAAGAUGAUCCAAAGCCAGUUUCAAAUACGAUAGGAUUGAGGCCUACAAGUGUAAAGAAAAAGAAAGGGUGUUGUGGGAAAUAA